AUGUUUUUUGAAGCUGAUUUCCCUAAAAUAAACCAAGAUGAUAUCAGAUCACUGAUCAUUUGGUUGAAACAAAGGGCGAGUACAUAUAAAGCUUAUGCAGAUGUCCUAAAACACCUAAGGAAAUAUGUACUCGACAUGGUUAUUGAUUUCAGUGUUGACUGGGAGAUUGGACAGCUAGGAGAAAAGGAAGCUGAGGAACCAAAUUUGGAUCUAAAUAUGGAAAAUGAGUCACCUGGCAUAAUUGGUCUAUUGAAGAGAACAGUAGAUCAAGAUGAGUCGUUGAGAGUGAAGAUCAUUGAAGAACUUACAUGGUUUUUAAGUUUCGGAAAUGGUUAA